GGACCCGGAGUGCGUGCGCGUGUGUGUCUAUAAGAGAAGGAAGGUGGCGAAGGGAGGAGAUUCCGAGUGGGUGGAGGGAGGGGAAGGGCGGGAGAAGAAGAAGGUGAGAGGAGAGCCAGGUGGGAGGGUGGCGACUCACUCAGGACCCAGUGGGGGCAGCGCGAUGAGGCGGGUGACCCUGUUCCUUAACGGCAGUCCCAAGAAUGGAAAGGUGGUUGCUGUAUAUGGAACUUUAUCUGAUUUGCUUUCUGUGGCCAGCAGUAAACUCGGCAUAAAAGCCACUAGUGUGUAUAAUGGGAAAGGUGGACUGAUUGAUGAUAUUGCUUUGAUCAGGGAUGAUGAUGUUUUAUUUGUGUGUGAAGGAGAACCAUUCAUUGAUCCUCAGACAGAUUCUAAACUACCCGAAGGCUUGUCAGGAUCUCACACAGACUGGCUAACGUUAAAUGUUGGAGGGCGGUACUUUACAACUACACGGAGCACUUUAGUGAAUAAAGAACCCGACAGUAUGCUGGCCCACAUGUUUAAGGACAAAGGUGUCUGGGGAAAUAAGCAGGAUCAUAGAGGAGCUUUCCUAAUUGACCGAAGUCCUGAAUACUUUGAACCCAUUUUGAACUACUUGCGUCAUGGACAGCUCAUUGUAAAUGAUGGCAUUAAUUUAUUAGGUGUGUUAGAAGAAGCCAGAUUUUUUGGUAUUGACUCAUUGAUUGAACACCUAGAAGUGGCAAUAAAGAAUUCUCAACCACCAGAGGACCAUUCACCGAUAUCUCGAAAGGAAUUUGUCCGAUUUCUGCUAGCCACUCCAACCAAAUCAGAAUUGCGUUGUCAGGGUUUAAACUUCAGUGGUGCUGAUCUUUCUCGUUUGGACCUUCGAUACAUUAACUUCAAAAUGGCCAAUUUAAGCCGCUGCAAUCUUGCACAUGCUAAUCUGUGCUGUGCAAAUCUUGAACGAGCUGAUCUCUCUGGAUCAGUACUUGACUGUGCAAAUCUCCAGGGAGUCAAGAUGCUCUGUUCUAAUGCAGAAGGGGCAUCGCUGAAACUGUGUAAUUUUGAAGAUCCUUCUGGUCUUAAAGCCAAUUUAGAAGGUGCUAAUCUGAAAGGCGUGGAUAUGGAAGGAAGUCAAAUGACAGGAAUUAACCUGAGAGUCGCUACCUUAAAAAAUGCCAAGUUGAAAAACUGUAACCUCAGAGGAGCGACUCUGGCAGGAACUGAUUUAGAGAAUUGUGACCUGUCUGGGUGUGACCUUCAAGAAGCGAACCUGAGAGGUUCCAACGUGAAAGGAGCCAUAUUUGAAGAGAUGCUGACCCCACUACAUAUGUCACAAAGUGUCAGAUGAAAAUUUUAGGGCUGGAGGAAGAUGCCCAAGAUGAAAAAUGUUUUCCUUAUCACUUUUAUUUCUGUAAGGAAAUUAAAAACAACAACAACAACAUUUAAAGGAUCAUGCUUGUUCUCAGUGGUGCAUAAAGGGAAAAAAGUGACUUUUUUCCUACAUUCUGAUUUUAACAGAGAAGCACUCAUUCAGUAGAUGUAGGGAAGCUAGAUUAGAUUGCUGCCUUUCGAGUGGAGUAGAGGGAUUUGCCUGGCUUUAUGACCAGGAAAAGUAUCUAUUGUAUUUGCUUUUAAAUAGGCAUGAUGUGAAAAUAUCAUCUUGGCUUGAAAUGCAUUUGAAGAUUUUAAUUUAUGAGAAGCACAACAUAUGCAAUUAUAUUUAUUGAAUCUUUAGAUGCAUAUGGGUAUUUAAACUGUUAAACUUUAUGAAAAUUUUGAAGAGGUUGUUCAGGUUUAUAAAUAGCUUUAGUGAUGCCUCCCCUACUUUACCUGUCACACCGUGUGAACAUGGUGACAUCAGAACCCCUAAGGCUCUUUUCAGGUUCAUUUUUAUGAUAUUUAUUUUUCCGAAUAAAACUAGCUAAAUUAAAGAAAUCCUCCAUUCUUACUGAUUUAGACAGUAGAAGGAAAGACAUCAUUGUACUUCUUUGUCAGCUGAAUGAAGUUACAGUGGAACUCUCCAGACGGAAGAAGUAUUCACCUAUAGCAACAACUUAGAAAUGAGCAUUCCUUAGAAUUUCAUUCUAAGCAAGUUCCACUUAAACACCAGACCAGGCAGUUUUAUUUAUUUCCACUACUAGCCUAGUUUCCUCCUCCACAGUCAAAACAAGCAUAGGAAAAUAUUUUAAAACCAAAACCAAGGUGCAUUACCAAAUUCAUUUAAUUCAAUGGCCAACUAAAGAGGGCCAACUCAGAUAUUAAGUCCCAAUCCACUGUAAACAAAGCUAUAAAAUAUGAAUAGAUAUGGCUAAGUUAUCCUUUAGAAGUGAACAUAAUAUAAUUGUAGUUAAAACCCUCCUUUGGGGAAUGAGGGAUUUUAAACUGACCAUUUGAUGAUAGCCACCGAAAAACUUAAACAAAAAUAAAGGCAUUUGGCUAAUCCAAGAUGUAAUACCAAUCAGUCAGCACCUGUGGUUCUUUUACUUAUAUUUUCUGGUUGGUUCUGUUUUAAUAAAUUUUAGCCUGAUCUUGGCACUCCUUCUCUGCAGCAGCAGAGAUAGGGCCUGUACUUCCUCACCAGUAACCAGUGUCCUUAACCUCUACCCCAAGGCAGGGAUAUAAGCUGUGUCCAAAUGGGUUCUGAAUUCUCCAGACUCAUCAUUUUGAGGCAAUGAAUCAUUACAAAACCACUCUGUCUCCUUUGGGAGGGUGACAUGUCUUCAAUAUUUAUGUAGCUUAUUCUUAUAUAUAUACAUAUGCAAAGCUUUCCUUACAGUAAAGGGUACUUAUGCAUAGUAGGUGGAGAGCAGACCUUUACAGGUGAAGGAAAGCAACUUCAGAAAUGAAUUAUUUUCUUUGCUUCAUUAUUUUUAUCAAGACAGAGAAGUAUUGUAUUGAGAGAUAUCUAUUUUCAUAAUCAAUAUGUGCCUAAAUUAUAUUUAAAUCAUUUCACUCUGUACUCUAUUUUCAAGAAUUAUAGAAUGUGUUGUUCAUCCACUUAAGCGUACCUCUGUAGACAUAAUCUAAAAGUACAGAAGAAUCUGAAAGGUCUAAACAUGGUAUGCUUAGAAACUGCAGAGUUUGGAUCUAAUGUAUACUGCAUUAAUAAACAAUGUGAAAUGUUGAAA